CACUAUGCUUUACACCAAGCAAGAUCAAUAUAAAAUCCUACACAUUCUGCUCCGUCACACUCAUCUCUAAAAUCAGCUGCUUUACUCUCCUUUUCCACAACGCAGAAGAAAUUCCAAAUCCAACAAGAAGCAAAGCACAAAAAAGAAUGGCCGAUCCGACUCCGUUGCUCUCACAAUCUGCCACCGCCAGCAGCGACCAGGAACCUCUGAAGCUUAAGAAGCACUACCCGUCGUUGGACUCGAUGAUCGAGCAGUCCAUGAAAGAUUUCGGGUGGGCUCAGCUCAUGCAAGCCUUGCUUGUGUCGCUUGCUUGGUUCUUCGACGCGCAGCAAACGUUCAUAAGCAUUUUCACUGACGCUCUACCACCGUGGCACUGCGUGAAUCUUGACGACCAAUAUUGCAACUCCAUUUCCGACGUUUGUCUACUUGCGAAUAGUUCCUCAUGGCAAUGGGAAUAUCCCAAGCACGCCUCUAUAGUCUCUGAGUGGGGCCUUCAAUGCGCAAACUCAGCAAUAAAGGGCUUACCGGCUUCGUCCUUCUUCAUGGGAUGCUUGAUUGGCGGUUUGCUUUUGGCGACGCUUGCCGAUUCAUUGCUCGGCCGCAAAAACAUGCUCUUCCUCUCUUGUUUAGUCAUGUCUUGCUCAUCCCUACUCACGGUCUUCUCCACCAACGUGUGGAUCUACUCCUGCUUGAGAUUCGUCACUGGAUUUGGACGCGCGACAAUUGGCACGUGUGCUCUCGUGCUGUCAGCGGAAUUAGUUGGCAAGAAGUGCCGAGGGAGUGUCGGGAUGAUUGGAUUCUUCAUUUUCACAUUAGGUUUUUUAUCAUUGCCGGCGAUUGCCUACUUGAACCAAGGUUCAUCAUGGAGAAUUCUAUACAUUUGGACAGCAGCCCCGGCCAUUGGCUACUGUGUCUUAGUCCAUUUCUUGGUUUGCGAGUCACCGAGAUGGCUCUUCGGGAUGGGACGCAGGGAAGAGGCCAUGGAAUCCUUAAAGAGAAUAGCGCCGCCGGGUGCGAGCGCCCUCACCAACGGCUUCUCCUCAGUCUCGCUCAACGAGUACCCUAUCAACAACAUGGACAUCUUUUCGGCAAUCAAGGCCUUAUUAGAAAAGAGAUGGGCCUUUCGCCGGCUAUGUGCAGUCAUGUUGAUUGGGUUCGGGGUGGGGAUGGUGUACUACGGAAUGCCGCUCGGGGUCGGGAACUUGGACUUCAACCUCUACUCGAUUAUCACGCUCAACGCCCUCGCCGAACUGCCUUCGACCCUGGUCACUUUCCUCCUCAUAGGAAAGCUCAAUAGGAGGAGUUCUCUACUAUUCUUCACAACACUCAGUGGGGUUUUUAGCGUGAUGUGCAUUUUGGAGGGCCAGGUGUGGCAAAAGUUGCAAAUUGUCUUGGAGCUAGUCUCUUUCUUCAGUGGGUGCACCGCGCUUGAUGUGCUGUUGAUAUUCACAUUAGAGUUGUUCCCUACGUCCGUGCGGAACACGGCGAUGUCGAUGGUGAGGCAGGCAGUGGUGUUUGGCGGUGUGUUCAGCCCAUUGCUGGUGGCAGUGGCCGGCCGGACAGGCGACAGUGUGGUGUCUUUUGGGGUUUUUGGGCUGGUCAUCGGGUGUUGUGGGCUGUUUGUCAUGUGCUUGCCGGAGACAAGAGGUGGGAAUCUUUGUGAUACCAUGGAUGAGGAAGAGCGGAAAGAGGACAAAAGGGACCACCGUGUUUUGUGCUAGAUAGAGAUAAAGGUAGUCGAUGGUGGGAGUGUCAGUUCUGUCUUAUCGCUGUGGCCUAAAAGGGAUGUCUAAUUGCAAAUCCAAUUUGGAUAACCUUCUUUGUAUUUCUAGCAAAAAUGAUAAGCAACUUCUUAUGCUUUGUUU